AUGGCAAAGCAAACCAAGGGUAACAAGAAGAGUGUGAACAGUAGGCCAAACGGUACUGGUACCAAGAAAACCAGAUCUGUACAGAAGCCAGUAUCUAAGAGCAAAUUAAAGCACCAGUCAAAAUCUACCAAAGAGAAAAUCAACAGGUUGAAUGCCAAUAUGGCCGAAUACAACGAAGUCAAGAACUCCUUAAUGAACAUACAGAAGCCCACGCCGCCGAAAAAUGUGUUAGAUGCGAAGGAUCUUCAAGAAGAUUUGAAAAAGGAUGAGGAGCUUAAGGCCCGUAACAAAAUCGUCGAAAGCGAUAUCUCGAAACAAUUAGAGUUGAUAACGGGAAUGGGUUUGUGA